CCUUUCAUCAUAAAAAGUAGGAAAAAUAAAAAAAACUACAAGACGGCCGUAGAACGCGUUCUGCAAUUAUUGGGCGCAUUUUGUUGAAAGGUCGUGUAUAAUUUGAGUGAAUGUUGAAUAAAGUUCAUAAAUUUGCAAAAUGAAUUACCAAUUGCUAAUAUCACUGGCUGUGAGCAAAGUACCAAUACUUGCAUUCGUAUUUGUUGGACUUUUGCUGCUGUAUAAACUCUACGUGAAAAUUCGUGCCAAUUUCGAUGCGACUGUAAAUUGCUGGUUUUGCAAUCAAAAUGCGCGCGUGCCCUAUUUGGAGUCGAACAGUUGGACGUGUCCACAUUGCGAGCAAUACAAUGGCUUCACCAAAGAUGGGGACUAUAACCGCGAAAUAUAUCAACAACUGGACUGCAGCAAUUUACUGCCUGCUGUAGCAAGGCUGGAUAAAUCAUCAGAGCAUGAUGCAUCAGAAUCGGCGCUGGACGCAUCUAAGAAUGGUUUCUGUCAUGACUGCAACGAAGCACAACGACUAAAGGUCGAAAAGUUAGCCCAAUUUGAACCGAAGAAUGAGUCUCGUUUCGAAGAAGAACUCAAGGUUUACAAGGCCCAAAUUGAAGAGCAAUAUCGUUUGUGUAGGACAUGCGAUCGUCAUUUGCGGAAAGUGCUACAUGAAAAGAAGAAAAUGGUACUGGGUUCCAAAUUCCUGGAUUAUAUUAUAAAAGGAGCUGAAACGCUUAAACACCCACAUUUCUCCCAAGUUCGCCAUGUUCAACGUCAACACUGGAAACGCCGCCUUUCUCUGCACAUAUCAUUACUCACAAUAGUCAAUUUGUUGUGUUUGUGCUACAUGUUGCCGGCGUUAACCCGUGAACACCUCACCGCAGUGUUAGGCAAUCGACUUGGCGAGCAGCUGUUUCUUGCCGUAUCACACGUGUUGGCGCUUUGUCGUGUGUUGGCCGCGUUUCUAUCGCCAAUUGGCGCGCAUCCUUUGGUAGAAAAAUGCAAACUGUUUGCGAAUACAAUUUUCAUGAUGCUUCUGUAUUCACUGGGACUAAAAUUGCCUCAAAUCACACGUAUAAACUUCGCUUCGCUUUAUGUGCUAUCUUAUCCGUUUACCCUACUUGGCAUGUCUUUCGGCUAUAAAAUUAUUGAUGGGUUUAAAUUAACGCGUUUUACCUUUUUGCUGGUCUUAUGGAGCGCAUUUGCAGGCGGUUUAACAGAAGAACAAUUAUACUUCUCCCCCACUGUUUUAAUGCUCUUUGCAUCAGCGGUAACCCUAGCGCUUUGCGCGACAAAUCAUGUAGAUGUCUCACCCAAACUGCACGAUACUAGCGCCAGCAGUUUUCAUAAAAUCUAUUCUGAGGACUACUUAAGCGAUGACGACACAAUUAGUAUGUUGAGUCAGCAGUUUAAUUGCAGUGAUGCCAGCACGGUUCGCUCUACCUCGCUGCGUGGACAACCAUCGCCGCCACAGAAAGGACUGCAUAAAUCACCAGUCACUUCGUCAACAUUUUCGCUGCACAAUAUGUCAAGCUCAAAAUUUUCACCCAAUUCUAGCUAUAAAUCUUGCUACUUCGACGCACAAACCAAUCCUCGCUCAAUUCAAUCACAAUAUGCUGCUUCAUCCGUGAGAGAUUUUAACACUUCCGUGUCGUCUGCCACGUUAACUUCACGCACUCCGUUUCUUUACCCAAAUUGGGAAAUAAACAACCAUGAACAACAACGCCCGCUUUCAACUCUGUUUGGUGCAAGUGGCAAUCACUUUAGAAACACUGGUGCAAAUACACCAUUUUUAAAUGCCUCUUUUGGUGGCGAGACCAACGCACAUCACUUUCAAAAACAAAGCAGCGAUAUUUUUGCUCAAUAUCGCCCUGGUAGCUCGAUGAAUCAACUCGCUUUUUCAGCGCACACAGCUGCAUUACGUUCGCCAUUUUCACUAUCCAGCAAUGCGGUAUAUCAGACACAACGUCCAACCUCAACAAAUUUGCUCACACCAUCCCGUUUCAGCACAACAUGUCUUGCCAGUAACACGUCAGCCGCAUCAUGGCUUUAUGUGGGCUCUUCAAAUCAAUCUAACAAAAAUUUUCCCGAACCACGUCAAACGAUGACCUCUAUUGGAGAUAAUAUAUCUCGUGCUUCAUCGCAAUCGUCGGGAUUCGAAUCACAAAAUGACCGUUUGAAUAUAUCGCGUGAGAACUCAUUCACCAACGAGAGCAAUGAUAUGGUGCAGCAGCCGAAGGCAUUGGAUGCCACACGCACUUUUCAGCCCAUCGAAACUGGCAGUCGUGCGGCUUAUUCGCCACGCCCAUCGCUGUUAUCUAACCCGCAGCUCGGGAAGCCGUUGACAGUGAACUGUGGAAUGCCUUCACCGAUGGGUAGUCAUGCACCAUCAGAGUUCUGGGGUGCUCCAGCUAAAAGAAAAUGUAUUGAGGGCCGUGACAUAUUUAAUUUGCGCAAAAUAAAUGAGGAGCUGCCGAUGCCGUUGCCCACUUACAAAUAUAAGCGCGGGGAUUUGCUGAAAAAGUGGAAGGAGAGCCAAGUGAUUGCUUAACUAUCGGAAAGUCAACAUGAAUCAUCUACAUCAUUUUUUUAUCAUGUCACAUUAAUUUAUUGUAAUUAAAUCAUCCUUAGUUUCGUAGAACUUAUAUCUAAGAGUUUACACUGACACAAUUUGAGAAGGUUAAUUUAUUGUAUAUGUUAAGGUAAUUGUAGUUGUUAUUGUAUUAUAUAACAUUUUUUUUUACUAACAACAGUAGGUAUAUUUUUUUAAGAGUUUUUACAAAAUAAGACCCAACAAUGGACAACAUUUCAAAAAAGAACUUUUGUUCUUAAUUCGUAUGUUGCUUAUGGCGGAGAUAUUAAUUUUUUGACAACAUUAAUGGUUACAUUAGUGGUUUUGGAUUAUUGCUUUAUUUUUGAAGUUCCAUUUGUAAUUGCAUACUAAACACUGCCAUGUAAAGACCUGAAAGAAUUGUUUCUACAAUUUGACACGUUAACAAAAGUCUUAAAGAAAUAAAGACGUUACUAUGUUGCAUUAGGUUUCCAAAAA